CCUUCUACGGUACGUACCGGAACUUGUAUUUACUUCGUCCUCUUCCCAUGCAGAUUUGACGAAGCAUCAUCUGCUACUACCACAUCUACCAAUAUCAAUAGGCAUUACUAGUUGGUCGAAGAGAAGUUAAAUCAACUUUUCUAUAAACGACAUACCUUUUGGGAAAGAGGAGAUCAGAUUGCCGCAAUCGACAUUUUUCUUGAGUCUUGACUUUGCGCUUCCACCACCAACUACCGGUUUGAACUCGAGAAGUUGAAGGAAUCAAAGCAUCCACUUCACGCGGCGUACGAUACCAUCGAAAUAAACAAUCAUGCCGGACUCGGCACGGCCAACAAGAAAAAAUGGACUCUCCCCGCCGUACACCCCUGCCCAAAUAUCCACUUGGGUUCUCCUGCCCUUUCUGGUUCUGGGAUUCCUCUUCUUUGUGUCACCCAUCCUGCCACUAGCGGCGUCGAUUCCUUGUACAAUCCUCUUUGUCCUCUCUGCAAUCGCCUCUAUAUAUCAUGGAUACAUGGCAAUGUAUAUUGAUCCAUCCGAUCCACGGCUCUUAAAUGCCAAUCAUAGCAACAAUCAGAACCAAAGCGGAAGAGGAAACGGAGCUUGUGAAAACUGUUAUGUCGAUCCCGAAGAACCGACCAAACAAUGCUGGAUAUGCGAUGUUCAAGUUGGAGAAAAAUCAAUGCACUGCAAAUUUUGCAACAAAUGUGUAGAUCAUUUUGAUCACCAUUGCAUGUGUACGUACUGCGCUGUAUUUGACUGCUCGCCAACUUCCAACUGUAAUGCUGAGACAACAGCUCCGAAAUCAAAAUGUGGUUGCAUCAUUUUUUCCCGUAUCCAGUUGGUUCGAUUAUUGAUUCGCUAAAACGCUGGAUUCAUUCGUUCAACUUCUCUCUCAUAUAGGGCUGAAUACAUGUGUCGGCAAAGCCAACUAUUCCUACUUUUUCAGAACCAUGGUUUGCAUCCUCAUAAUGUUGCUUAUUCAAGCUAUCAUCCAAGUUUUUUUGAUUGUUGCUAUUUACGUAGGAAUUGGGGAAGUUAAACGAAGAGCGUUAGAAUGGUUUUCUGUGAAUACAACAACACCGGUGGUAGUGGGCAUGGGAAUUUUCUUGCUUUUUGAUUUAGUGUCCAUAUCAUUGAUAGGACAGUUAUUGAUAUUUCAUUUGAAACUUCAAAAAGAAGGCAUAACGACGUACCAGUUCAUAGUGCGAGACAACAAAAAUCGACGCGAACGAACCAAAAAAGAAUCCGACCUUAAACUUCGACGGAAAAGUGCAAUCGAAAGGGCAAAGGAGGAGGGGAAUAAAUGCCUUUUGUUUCGACUCGAGAAUGGAGGUUUUUUGCGUGAAAAGUGCGGCUUGUCCUGUUUCGACCCUCUGUCGCUAGACGAAGAGACUACGGAAAAUAACAAUAGCACAGACGCGAAUGCUCAAAGUAAUGGUGCGCCAUAUUAAUACCUCAUUAUUCAGGGGAUGAAUGAAAUGAAAGAAUUAAUUGCAACAUGGAAUAAAUCAUUGAACCAAUCUAUUGGAUUUUGACGAAAAAAAAAAAACUGCCCUUUGCAUGCUCUAUAACGCUCACUGUGUGAAUAAUAUAUUCUUCCUAAA